AUACACUGUGACCGGAAAGUGCUAAGUUUUGACAGUGGCAAGGUGUCCGUUUGGUAACUGCUUUUGACUGCAUGUUUACCAAAAUGCUUGCGCUUCGAAGUUGCCGAACAGUUUUUCUUAACCUUCACAGGCGGGAUUUAAACGUCAAGUUGCAGAGCAAGCUUCCCGAAGUGUAUCAGUUGCUAGCGAUGAAGACCACAAAGACAUGCCCAUCAAAAUUGAAAAUCCAUUCAAGGAGCCUCAGAAAGGAUGCAUUCUGUGCAGCAACGAGAUAAAAGUAGAUUACAAAAACAUUCAGUUGCUCUCUCAGUUUAUAUCACCACACACAGGGCGAAUUUAUGGCAGACACAUAACAGGACUUUGUGGGAGGAGACAAAAGGAGAUAUCUAAAGCUAUAAAGAGGGCACAUGCAAUGGGUUUCAUGUCAGUGACGUUAAAAGACCCCCAGUUUAUGAAGGACCCCAACAUCUGUGACAUCAAACAUCUGGAAUAAUAUCUUGCAUACUGGUCAUCAAGUUUCCAAACAGACAGACAUUUUAUGACAAAUGAACAUUUUCCUAAAAUUAUGUCUUAAGAUUAUUAUUUUUUUGCUGUGCUUUGGUUAAUUUACUUUUUAUAAUUCCCAAUUGUUAACAUGUAUAUUAAAUGUCUGUGUUGAACAUG